GAGAGGGGGGGGGCCCUGUCUCUAAAAUGAGUCUCUCUGGGGAGAGAGAGGAGGGGGGCCCUGCCUCUAAAAUGAGUCUCUCUGGGGAGAGAGAGGAGGGGGGCCCUGCCUCUAAAAUGAGUCUCUCUGGGGAGAGAGAGGAGGGGGGCCCUGCCUCUAAAAUGAGUCUCUCUGGGGAGAGAGAGGAGGGGGGCCCUGCCUCUAAAAUGAGUCUCUCUGGGGAGAGAGAGGAGGGGGGCCCUGCCUCUAAAAUGAGUCUCUCUGGGGAACAUGACACCAAAGCUAAGAGUCCAAUCAAGCAGGAGAGACCAGCUUCCCCUGUACCCAGCUGUGUGUCCAUGAAAAGUGACCAAUCUAUGAAUCCUCCUAUAGUGUUUAAAGAGGGAGACUUUUCUAUUGAACAAAGCAACCAACAGGAGAGAUCAGAGUCAGAGAUUCUCAGUGCUCAGUCUUCCCAGAGUCAUCAAACAGACCUGGCCUCCAUAUUCAGUUUGCUUGAAGAGAAUAUUAUGACAUUUGUGAAGAACGAGCUGAAGAUGUUCAAGAGGAUUCUUAGUCCAGAACUCCCAGAAGGCUUUGAGUUUCAGAAGCAGGAUAUGGAAAUGGUGGAUGCUGAAGAUGAGCAGCAGGAGAGCAGUGCCAGAGAGGGGGCUCUGAAGAUCACACUGCACAUCCUGAGGAAAAUGAACCAGAAGGAGCUUGCUGACACACUAGAGAAAAAUUCAGAUGACCUUGCUGUGAUUUGCCAAGGUGAACUCAAAUCUAAUCUAAAGAAGAAGUUUCAAUGUGUAUUUGAGGGGAUCGCUAAACAAGGAACCCCAACACUUCUCAAUAAGAUCUACACAGAGCUCUACAUCACAGAGGGUGGAACAGGAGAGGUCAAUAAUGAACAUGAGUUGAGACAGAUUGAGACAACAACCAGGAAACAAGUAAGACCAGAGACUGCAAUCAAAUGUAACGACAUCUUCAAACCCUUAACUGGACAAGACAAACUUAUCAGAACUGUGCUGACAAAGGGAGUCGCUGGCAUUGGAAAAACAGUCUCUGUGCAGAAGUUCAUUCUGGACUGGGCUGAAGGAAAAGCAAAUCAGGAUGUCCAAUUUGUAUUUUCAUUCCCUUUUCGGGAGCUGAAUUUGAUGAAAGGGGUAAAACACACUUUGAUUGAACUUCUCAAUCACUUCUCAAUGGAAACCAAAGAAUCAAGAAUCUCCAACUACAACAAGUACAAAGUUCUGUUCAUCUUCGAUGGUCUGGAUGAGUGCCGACUGCCCCUCGAUUUCCAGAAGAACAAGAUAUGUUGUGACGUCACAAAGUCAACCUCAGUGGAUGUUCUGCUGACAAAUCUCAUCAAGGGAAAUCUGCUUCCCUCUGCUCUCCUCUGGAUAACUACCCGACCUGCAGCAGCCAAUAAGAUCCCUUCAGGGUGUGUUGACCAGGUGACAGAGGUACGAGGGUUCAAUGACCCACAGAAGGAGGAGUACUUCAGGAAGAGAUUCAGUGAUGAGGACCUGGCCAUCAGAAUAAUCUCACACAUAAAGAGAUCAAGGAGCCUCUACAUAAUGUGCCACAUUCCAGUCUUCUGUUGGAUUUCUGCAAUAGUCCUUGAACACAUGCUGAAACACAAGAGAGAAGAGAUGCCCAAGACUCUGACUGAGAUGUACACACACCUUGUGGUGUUUCAUACCAAAUGGAAGAAUGAAAAGUAUCUUGGGAAAGAGACAGGUCCACACUGGAAUAAAGAGAGCAUUCUGUCACUGGGAAAAUGGGCUUUUCAACAGCUUGUGAAUGGCAAUCUGAUUUUCUAUGAAGAAGACCUGAAAGAGGCUGGCAUUGAUGUCAAUGAAGCCUCAGUGUACUCAGGAUUGUGCACACAGCUCUUUAAAGAGGAAUGUGGGCUGUACCAGGACAAGGUGUACUGCUUCGUGCAUCUGAGCAUUCAGGAGUUUCUGGCUGCUGUAUAUGUGCUCAUCUCAUACAUCAACAACAAUGAGAAUCUAAUGGCCAAACCGCAAUCAAUGUUCAGCUACUUUUUUGCUCUGUUCAGAUACGAGCCUGAAGUUCCUCUCUACAAGAGUGCUGUGGAUAAAGCCUUACAAAGUGAGACUGGAAACCUGGACCUUUUCCUCCGCUUCCUUCUGGGCCUCUCACUGGAGUCCAAUCAGAAGCACUUACGAGGCCUUCUGACAAAGACAAGAAGCAGCUCACAGAGUCAUGAAGAAACAGUCAAGUACAUCAAGGACAAGAUCAGGGAGAAUCCCUCUCCAGAGAGGUGCAUCAAUCUGUUCCACUGUCUGAAUGAACUGAAUGACCAUUCUCUAGUGGAGGAGAUCCAAAGAUACCUGAUAUCAGGAAGUGUCUCCAGUGAAGAACUCUCACCUGCACAAUGGUCAGCUCUGGUCUUUGUGUUGCUGACAUCAGAAAAGGAGCUGGAAGUGUUUGACCUGAAGAAAUACUCCAGAUCAGAGGAAGGUCUUCUGAGGCUGCUGCCAGUGGUCAAAGCCUCCAGAGCUGCUCUGCUGUCAGGCUGUGGAGUCAAAGAGAAAGGCUGUGCUUCUCUGGUCUCAGCUCUGAAGUCAAACUCCUCACACCUGAGAGAGCUGGAUCUGAGUAACAAUGACCUGAAGGAUUCAGGAGUGAAGCUUCUCUCUGCUGGACUUGGGAAUCCUCGCUGUAAAGUGGAGACUCUGAGGCUGUCACGCUGUCUAGUCACAGAGGAAGGCUGUGCUUCUCUGGUCUCAGCUCUGAAGUCAAACCCCUCACACCUGAGAGAGCUGGAUCUGAGUGACAAUGACCUGAAGUAUUCAGGAGUGAAGCUGCUCUCUGCUGUACUGGGGAAUCCCCGCUGUAAACUGGAGACUCUGAGGUCAGUAUUCCUGUAG